AGGUUGCGGUCAUGUAACCACAGGUCAUAUUAGGAGUACAGAUGGCUGUUGUCGUUGGGCAACCAAAGUACCCAUUCCUUUCGCGGCGCCCUUAUAGUGAUUGACGUGCGACACAACAUGCUCAGUCAGGCAAACGCAGCAUCGCCCUGCCUGUCUCCUCCACCGGUUCCUAAUCGAUGGUGCAUUGUCAAAGAUUCGCUCGGGAGUGGCUCGAGGGUGGCCUCACCCCCAGUGGGCUUUCUGCAUCCUGGGACAGCUCUCCAAUUACAGCAUCCCCUCAUCCACCCAUCCUCAGUCGUAUCACACCUGGUCGACCAAAUCGCCUUUCCUGCCUACGUAUGGCUGCUAGCUCAAGUACUCCGUACUUCAUUGUACAUGCUUUUUGUCUUCCAUGCUGCACUGUAUCCGUCCCGUCCCUCCUCAAUGUUCUCCUGGCAACCCGAUCGACUCGUGGCAGCCAUCACGCGGGGUUCAUGGCCAUUGAUGGCUGCAUGAUGGAUGGACGGAACGGAAUAGCAGAAGCAAUGUCUUCGCCUGGGGCCCGCUGUGGCGCCAAUCCGCCCUCACGGGUCAGUGCUGUACUCUUUCUUGUAUCUCGAUGUUCACUUCCUAGUUCCUACCAAUGUUUUCGGUGCGAUUGGCCCCCAAAACGCACACCUGAGCUGUACAGAGCAUCCUGGACGCCCCCUAGAGGCAUGCAGCAUUUGUGGCUCGCAAGGUUCUGGCAGUGAUCUGCCAUAUGAAUGUAUGUCAUUACUUUUUAUCAGAGGCUUGGUCCUUCCGCCGCCAUCCCCCAUGCGACCCCGCAGGCCUGCUGUACGGCGCGGAACGACGCGUUCUAGGUAGUUCCCAACUGGGAAGUGGGUAGCUGAACAACUGGCGAUGGCCACCGGUGAAUGGAACGGAAUGCAGGGAUCCCCCUGCUCCACGGCGCUCGAUAGCCCUCGACGCCUAAUUGGCUGAGAGAGGAUGCGGCUCUGCGACUCUGACUGGACCAUAAAUGAGUUCCAGGACGGGUGGUUUGGCAGGACAGUUGCCCAUACCAAAACAGAGGCAGUGCAUUUCCGCAUUCUCUCACUCGACUCUUA